AUGGUUCUUAUCAAUGAUCUCAAGCCUUUUAAAGAGGAAUGGCGAAUUCGACUCAAGCUUCUUCAUACAUGGAAAACAAAGACUGAUUAUGGGGGCGAAUCUCUUGAGUGCAUCUUCGCUGACGAAACGCUGGGAGAAUGGAGAGAGCUUGAAAACUUUAAGAUUUCAGCUGCUGGAGGUCAAUAUAGACCAUCAAAAUUUCAAUACAAACUCACCGUCAUUGGAGAUACCAAGAUAAAACCUACUGAUUAUCGUGAUGAAAAUCAGUUCCUCUCUCUAGCAAGUUACGAGGAAAUUGUAACAGGAAAGCUCAAAACAUUUUUUCUGAUUGAUGUUAUGGGCCAAGUGGUAGAUCUUGGAGAAGUAGCUAUCUGUCAAUUGAAAACUGGUGAAAACAGGAAGAGAGUAAACUUUCGUUUGCGUGAUACUAGUGGGAAUGAACUGGUAUGUUGCUUAUGGGGACCAUACGCUGAGCAAAUUGAAUCGCAUGUGGAAGAAUCAAAAGAUGAACCUAUUGUAUGCUUGAUCCGCUUUGCCAAAAUCAGUAAUUUUAGAGGUGAAGUGCAAAUCACCAACGCUUUUGAUUCUUCAGUUUUGAUGCUUAACCCAAUCAUGGAGGAAGCUAUUGACUUUAGACAGAAGAUGUCGCAAACUGAUCUUCCCUUAGCUCUUUUGGGUAGCAGUGAUGAAAAUAAGGUUAUCAAGCAAGUAGUUGAUGACUGGAAUGAGGUUGACAUUAAGUGUAUUUCUGAGAUAUAUCUUGCUGUUGAGGCUGAGAGCUGCAAAAUCGUCUGUACAAUAGAAGCCAUAGACACGGAUUGGGGUUGGUUCUAUUUUGGAUGUAACAGGCACAAUCGACGUACGACCAGAGUUGGUAGGAAGGGCGGUGGUAAGAUGGUUGAAUCUGAGAAGCCAGUAUUCUAUUGUGAUGUGUGUCGUGCAAACACAACUGAUGUCUCACCCAAGUAUAAGCUUCAUCUGUUUGUGAAAGAUGACACAGGGUCAUGCCAGUUAAUGUUACUUGACACUGUAGCUAAAACUAUUAUUGGUGAAAAAGCUGACACACUUUGGGAUGGGUCAUAUGCUGAGAUCGAAGACCCAAAUAUUCUGCCUAUUCCAAUCAAAAACUGUGUUGGAAAAUCCUUUUGUUUUGGUAUUUCCAUCGCAAAUGAUAAUGUAGCCAACGGUUCUGAUACCUUUAAGGUCUCUGAGGUCUGGUCUGGAGAUCACAUUCAUAGAAUAGAAUCACUUUCAGAACCAGUAUCUCUGAUUGAGACCAAUUCAUCUACACUCUCAACCGGCGAGGUGCGUUUGAUUGAUUAUAACAUAGAGAGUUCAUCAGAUGUUUCAACACCUUUCUCCAAGCGUAAGGAAGGAGAUGCUGAGCUUAGUGACAUGAAUUCUACAUCUAAGAAGCUUCGUGCUCAGAGCAUCAAGGUGGAGAAGAUUAAGGAAGAUUAG